GUACUGUAAUUUUCCAUUUCUUGCAAUAUAGAGCUGCCAUCCCUUGCUUGGAUAAAACAUUUUCUAAAUUAGUAAUUUAGUAUGUUAAUGCUUCAGAAGUUUUGUAAUGUAUUUCUGUCUUAAUUUCAGCCUCAUCCCAGCCUGGAUGAACUGCACCGACGAAGGAAAGAGAUUAUGGCACAGUUAGAGGAGAGGAAGGUUAUUUCCCCACCUCCUUUUGCACCUUCUCCAACCUUGCCUCAUCCUUUUCAUUCAGAAGAGUACUUAGAUGAAGACCUGAAGGUAGCUGGGAAAUACAAAGGAAAUGACUACAGCCAGUACUCUCCCUGGUCCUGUGACACCAUCGGCUCCUACAUUGGAACCAAAGAUGCAAAACCCAAAGAUGUUGUGGCAGCAAGGAGUGUGGAGAUGGCGAACGUGGAUAGUAAAGCCAUGCGUGACCAACGAUUAGACAUGCAGAGAAGAGCAGCAGAGACUGGUGAUGAUGACCUCAUUCCAUUUGGAGACCGACCAACUGUGUCGAGAUUUGGGGCUAUCUCUCGUACUUCCAAAGCGAUGUACCAGAAUUCUGGUCCCAUUCAGGCCAUGGCGGUUCAGGGAGCUUCCACCAAAUCAAUCAUUUCAGACUACAGUCCUUACGGAACUCAUGGUGGCUGGGGAGGCUCUCCAUAUUCUCCCCAUCAGAAUAUACCUUCUCAGGGACGUUUCAAUGACAGGGAGAGACUGUCCAUGUCAGAUGUGGCUGGUCAUGGAAAACAGUUGCCCUCAGCUGAGCGGGAGCAGCAACUGCGCAUGGAGCUGCAGCAAGUAGACCAUCAGAUUAGCCAGCAGACACAAAUGAGAGGGCUAGAGGCUGUUAGUAACAGGCUGCUGUUGCAGAGGGAGGCGACUACCCUGGCAGGCCAACCACAGCCCCCACCCCCACCUCCCAAGUGGCCUGGGAUGAUCUCAAGUGAACAGCUGAGCUUGGAGCUACACCAGGUGGAAAGGGAAAUUGGGAAGAGAACCCGGGAGCUGAGCAUGGAAAGCCAGUCUUCACUGGAUAUAAAAAACAAACUGGGCACCACUAAACAGACAGAAAAUGGACAGUUAGAACCACAAAGCAAGGUUCCAGCUGAGGACCUCGCACUGGCAUUCAGCAGCGAUGUUCCAAAUGGAUCAGCCUUGACACAAGAAAACAUCAGCCUCCUGUCAAACAAGGCAGCAUCUCUCAGCCUGUCAGAGGACCCGGAGGGAGGAGGAGACAACCAAGACUCCCAGAGAAUGGGUGUUACACCCACAUCUGCUCCGUGAAGUGAGGCCAGUGUACCCCAGAGUUCCUGUCGCUGGGGUGUUGGUAGCUUCCGUCACGUUUUAUUCCAGGAGUGAUUGGAGAAACCCAGUAGCAGAGCAGCAGGUCCAGAGGCAAUGUGCACAAACACAAAUACUAGAAACAAAUCCUGCACAUAGUUCACAUUAACGCAUUUUUUAAUUAAAAAAAAAAUGAAAAUUAGCAGUAUCUGCAAGCAAUUCAAAUUAAAUUUGUUUUUGUUCUGUGAAUGAACUUUAUUUUAAUAACUUCGGACGCCUUGGGUCCCAGGGCUUAAAAAAAUAAGAUAUUAUAUAUAUACUCUGUUUGAUUAAUUGUAUGAUCUUAAUGAAGUAGGUUUUUUCUUUUUUUUUUUUGGUAUUAUUACAUACCCAGUGCGUAAUUCCUUAUCACUUCAAUUUCUCGACAAAUAUAACAACCUGGCCACUUCCUUUGUAUGAUUUAAAGGUAAACAAGGAACGUGGGCUGUAGAGUAGCUCUGAAUUGCAGUGUCAGAAGAUGUGCAGCGAAUUAAAUUCGUAGAACAAUUUCUCCCCUUGUUGGUAGGAGCUGAGCCCAGCUUUUGCGAGACUUAUUCUCGUUUAAGUAAUUUUAAGUUUAAACGUGACAAAAUCUUUUUCAGUGCAACAGAUGCAGGCAGAAAUGUAAGCUUCUGCACAGCGUGUGUGAUAAGAACAAGAACAAAUGAUAUGUCCAACAUUCAUUGUUUUUAUUUGAAGAUUGCUGUCCUGGUGGGUUUUUUUGGUGGAGUUCAGCAGAACGCAGGCAGCUGAGGCUCACAGUAGAGAGGCUGAACUAUCCAGUCAAGAUUGUGCAGCAUUAGUGAGGCAAGGUCUCUAGAAAUAGCAAGGAGGGAGAAUAUAAGGCUGUGCAGUUGCUGGAAGGAUGUUAACUGCAGAUGAACUGCUGAACUGUAUUUGGUCACCCAGCGUUUGGUUUUGCUUGGUUGUUUUUCCCACUCUCAUUAUGCUUUUAAAAUAAGCUUGCCCAAAGUGCAUACAGUGAGGUUAAUGCAGAGGGACUCACUGACCUCUCUGCUUUCUGAAACAGGUCUUUUAUGUGCACUUCCCUCUCAGCAAUUCUUGCCUUUGUUAUUUCUUCAUUGUUAUUUUAUUAUUAAACAUAUAAUAAUUUCUUCUAUGACCUGAUUAUUUUUUUCUGUUCAGUGGCACGUCAGGUAUUUACUGUGAUGCUGUUUUGAGUGCCUUUCACUGACAGAGAUGGUCAUCUUUGAUUUGUGCACAUCAGCAAUGGUUGUCUCUCAAAAACAGAGGAGGAUUGUUUGUUCUCUUGUGAAGCUCCCAUUGUUUAGGUCUGUGUGUCACAGACCUCAGAAUCAAUUUGUGGUUUGUCUGUCACUGCUGCACUGAAUCCUUCCCAGAUGCCUAUUUAGAGGAGAAAAGCUGCAUCAAAAAUUCCACUUCAGGUGCAGCACUGAUCCUAUCAGUCAUAGUGAAAAGCAAAUUUGGUUUGAGACCUAGCGUGCUGCUUCUACUAGAUGCUUUGUAAGCAUGAGUUGGAGGAACCGUGAGCCUUUCUAGAUCUGUUUUCUUUAAAGAAACAAGGGACUUGUUCUUGCUGCACAUUUUUUGACUUUAUUGGCAUGCACUAGGGUGAGACCCUGUAUAUGAAGAACUUUAUAGAGGUUGAUUUUUGAAGUGCUGCUCCCUCUGCACCUUCUUGGCCUGUUAUUUUCUUUCUGGGUUAGACUACUAAAUCAGAAAGCACUGGUUAUGUAAUAAAUUACUGCAUUGCUUUGGUUGGGUAAAGCAAGAGUUAAUAAUUUUCUUGUUUGUUUGUUUGUUUUUUCCUUAACUUUAACUCCUGCUGAGGUCAUAGCAACCUUGGGCUAAGCUUUGCAUUCAUCAUACUGUUAAAUAAAACAAAAUAUGGGGGGUGGGAGGGGAUACAGUCCCACUAUUGCCUACCAGUAGGAGAGUCCAAACAGAAGACUCUUUUGAGUAGCAAUUAUUUAAUUUGCCCAGUCAAGGCACCGCGUUUGUAUACUAUUUCACAUUGAAUUUGAUUAUGCCCUACAGACCUGGCUGGUCAAGGAUUUGAUACACAUAUUGGCUUGGGAUUCGAGCUUUCUUUUUUAUUUAAAUAAAAAUUUAUAUAUAAAUAUAUAUAUACAUAUAUACAUAGUUAUAUCUGUAUAUAUAUUGGGUAUGUUUUAAGAAUUUUUUCGCAUGAGCGCAGCUGUUGUGAUCAGAUAUCUGGGAGGUAGAAGCACUGAGUGAAAAUAAAGGCAUUUUUCAGCACACACCCACGUUUCUCCAUAUCUUCACGCAUAUUUAUUUUGCUCUUAGUUGAGCUUUAGCCUCUUAACUGCUAGGAGUAGUUUUAAAGCAUGCUUUUAUUUUUUAAACCCCUCUUAACUUUUGGCAAAGAACCAUCUUGGCGCUACAACUUUGCCAGCCCCCAUCCAUCCACAUCUCCUCGCAGCACAGCCGUUCCCUUGGCACUGAGCAGAGCUAGGCUGAUGCAGUUUAGAGCCUGGUAGGUCUGUUCCUCCCUUCUCUGCUCUGAGCAUGGUGAAGGGCUACGUGUUCCCUGGCAGUGUGCUUGGCAGCCAGCUGACACAGCACGGCGCUGUGUCCUCCCAUUCCCGAGCGCAGAGCUCCACCAUCAGGUCAGCCUGCUCUUCCUUGGUUUUAAUUAGUGUCCUUCUUCCUGCUGUGUCUUUAUCAGCACAGGGAGCUCGUUUUUGUUGAGAUGAUUAGUGCAAUAUUCUCACCUAGGAGGACAAGCCCAGAAGGUAUCUUUUGUUUACUGCAAUAUUUUUUUAAUAUGAACUGAAUUUUCAAAAACGGUUCUGUUUGGAACUACAGAUUCCUUUUCAACACUAGUAAGAAAAUCUGGAGGAGCAGAGAACUUUGUUUUACCUUUUAUUGGUUCUGCCAGCUAGUUUUCCUUUCCUCGUUAGGAAUUACUCCCUCUUUUCUCUUUGCUUUUGCUCCUUGGAGGUUAGCAUUAAAUCUUUCAGAUUGCCUCUGCUGGCCUACAUAUAGCAAAUGCUUCCAAAAGGUGGAUUAGAAGGGAGACCUUCCUGUUGUUGCUUCUCCUGUGUCCUGUUCUCCGUGCUGUACUUUGUGCGUGGUGUCCUUGUUGUGAUCAGUGUGUCCAGGUGAAUGGCCUCUUCGCCUAGUAUUAUAGUUUGGCUUGUUAAAUAGUUUGUUUAAUAUCUACCAGCAAUAUUGAUUUCUGUUAUUUCCCCCCUCCUCUCGCCCUUUCCUUGGUUCUCUGGAAAAGCUUAGUUGAUGAAACAGUCAAACAGCAAUGUAUAGUGCAUGCUUUUAAUUCUUUCUGAAAGCUGCACCUAAAACGUUUGCUUUUUAUGAAAAAAACUGGGAGAGGAGGUACUUAUACAUACAGUGAAGGCACUGACAGUUACAGUAUGUAACCAGAGAGUGAAAAUUCCUGGAGCAACUCUGUACCCCAUCAUGGCCCCAGUUGUACAGGAAUACUGUGCACCUCCAUGAAGCUGGUCUGAUCUGUAAAGCAGUUUAGUCCUCCCACUAGAGCAAGAAGAAAUGGUAUUACAGUGGUGUUAAGAGCACCAUUUUGUAGGUAGGUUGGAUUUCUCCUGCAAUAGACACCUUUGGACAGUUGUUGAUACCUGAGUUUCAGCUUCAGCAUGGACAACCCCCCCUCUUCCUCCAGGAAUGGUGGUAGGUUAAGCUUCAGUAUGUCAGUGAUUCAGCCAGUGUAGAAGUGAUGUUGGUUUAUUCUGUAACAUCACUAUCUUUCUUCUCUUAGAAACAUCACUGCAUCCUUUCCUAUGCCCUAGUUCUCUAUAUAGGAGAAAUCUAUACUUAUUUGCCCCUUUUAUAUGUUACUGUAUCCUGUCCCAUUUUAGAAUAGCACUUUUUUCCUUAUUAUCAGAGCACCUUUCAAAACCUGGAGUACUGUUGUCCCUUUCUUUCCCUCAAUUUCUUUUCUGUCUUGUUUCCUUCGAGCCUUCUUCUCUGCCUCUUGUCCAUACCUUCUUGUCCAUACCUUCCUUUCUUUCCUUCUUGGCUUGCCCAUUCACCCUCCCUGAUUGUGUAACAGUGACAGCUUGCUGCCUCAAAACAGAGCAUUCAAAUGAAUUCGCUUAGCCAAUAACUUCUGUGAAGUUGCCUUUUCUAAUGGUGUUAUUACUCAGUGAUGCACAAAUGUGAUAUUGCCCCUACUGGUAGGCAAACGAGGGAUCUGUAUAAACAUGGUAAACUGCUGUUUUUCUUUAAAGGAGAGCCAAAGACUUGUGCUUUACAUUUUUUUUUUUCCUGGUGUAGCCAUUUGAUUGUCAAAUCUUUGUAGGGUUCUGUGAGUUGACUGUAUUAUCCUAAUAGAAAUUUUAAAAUCUUAACAGUUGUCAAGCCUUAUCCAUGCAUUGUAUUGUGGAAAAUCAUUCCAUGUAGUCAUACAAAUUGCGAUGUACUGAGAUGUAUCUGGGGUAUUCUGACACGUUUUGUCUCUCCUGUGCUCUCCCAGCUGCUCGAGUGGCUCAUUUAGAGAGGGAGAAGAAACAGAAAUUUUAUAUAAUUGAAGAAGCCUUGUCUUAGUUUAAAUUGACUUGAAUACUGAUUUGAAUUAUCUUCAUUUGCAGUAAAAGAUAAAUUUGUGCUACAAAUGCGACUAUUGAGCCCUUUGGAACUGAAAAGAUGCAUCAAACUAGCAUUAAAUCAGAUGAAUAAGAAGCAAACUCAUACGACUACCUUGUCUCAUGACAGCAAGAAAGGCAAAAUCCUUUUAGAAAGGACUAGGAAGGAGGCUUUUCACUGACAGAAGUAAAAGUUCACUUGCAUUUCCCUUCCUUGAUCUAACUUAAAUUCUUGCAGACUGUACUCAGGUUUUUGGGUUCAGAGAGAAAUCUGUGAGAAGCCUGACUCCUUGCUGCCAUUUCCACUUACAAUCUGAACUAUAAAGAAGCAAACUCCAGGAUAGUUUCCUGUAGGACUGCAGUAUAAACUAGCUAUUUCACACCUACUUGUAUGGUCCAACAAAUUCAGCGCUAAUAGUCAGGAGGCUCAGCAGCAGAAGUGCUGACUCAUCUUCCCUGUUCUAAAGUGAGAAACAAAGAAAACCCAUAUCAGCAGUGUGCAAGUUCUGUGUGUGUCCACGUGCAUAUGGAGUAUUUGUGGUCUUAGAAUAGCUAGAAGGAACACAGAGCAAGGCUGGCUGUUUUUAUGAUUUCACUGCCAUGUUCAGAUUUGGUCAUUCUUCAUUUUUACAGAACAUCACCUCCUACUCUGAGCUAAAAAACAAACAAACAAACACAUCAAGUGUGUCAGCAGCUUAACCUUUUGUAUGACAACAGAUCAAUUUCCCUGGAUGGAAAAAAAGGAAGCACAGUUCUUGAGUUGUCCAAAAAGGAAUUUAGACGUGAAUUAGAAAGACCAUCUGCCUUGCAUAAAGUCUGAAUUUGAGGAGGGCGAAGUCAGACCUUGGUGCUAGAAGUUGGACGGCUGCUGCUUGCAGUACCUGAGCACGCAGUCUGCGUAGCACAGAUUGAUCUCUUCCUCAGAUCAAACAUAGCUUGGAAUGUCAAACGCUGCACUGGGGAUUCUGUUUUCCACACUCAGCUGUUAUCAAGUGCAUUAACUCCUACUGAAAGGAGGAAGAAAGAGGCUGGAGAGUAAAUCAGCUCAAGUUCUGUAAGUAAGCAAUUUGGGGGAACGUUAUCCCAGCCAAGUCCCCUUACCUAGUUAAUAAAUGGUCUUUAUUCUUGUGUAGGAGGAAGUUCAGUGUUGUCACAGUCUGCGAGGCACUUCUGGUGAUGCAGGUAGGGUCUUGAUUAGCAGGGAGAGGAGAACAGACUUAAUACUGAUUUUAUUUUUUUUUUUUAUGGCAAGAGUAACAUCACGUGGUGGAAACUCUGAACGCUAUUAUAAGUUAAGAGGGUGCAGUUUUUUCUGAAAAUUCCUAAUAAAAAGAGCAUAUGGGAAUUUGGAUUUUUCUGCAUCCUCUUCUUUCUACGUCAGAAACAUCCCAGUCAUUAGAAGCUUAACAUCUGUGACCGCAGUAAUCAAAAUUGGAUGUCUUGUAGCUUAGUAACAUAAAUAAUUAACCAUUUUUCCCAGUCAAUCUUUGCAAUUUCAGUGAGUUGGUGUAUGAUUUUAGUGCAGAUUGCCAAGUGUUCAGCGUUUUGGGCAGUUUAGGUGCCUAGCUGCAUCCGGCACAGUUUGAAUGUUUUCCUACUCCAGGAAACAAGAGAGCUCUAGGAAAACACAAUAUCAGCUUCAGGUUAAGGAAACACAGUCUUGAGAAAAACAGAAGUAACAGGUGGUGCAGUGUCUCUGAAAAAAACACAACGCAUCACAGGUAAUGGGAUUGCGUAUGAAAUGUGAAUGGGAGAAAAUAUAUGUGUAAGGAAAAAAAAAAAGAAAAACCAACCUUGUGGAGUCUUUGAUGUUUAAGAAAUGAUUUGCUUCUUUGUACUGUUAAAUGGAUUUAUGAUAGUUCUGUGGCAGGCAGUACUCACAAGUCUUUGGCAUCCAAACCAGAUUGUGUACUGGAUGAAUCCCACAACUGGACGUGUGCACUGACCUCUUGAUUUCCAGCUUUUUAAAAUAAAACUUGGUAGCAGCACUUUAGAAAUGUAUGAAGCAACAGAGUGAAAACCCUGUUUGCAGCACAGCUGCUACACAGUUUCCAAUUGGCCCCUUUUAUCCGCAGCCCCUUCUGCAGGAAGCUGCUGUUAUGGGCCAACCCAGCACACCAAAUGGCUUGGAUUUUCCUAAUUGUAAGGAGCUCCCAUUCCCCCUUCGGCCUUUGCUUGCUGUGUAAGCAGCCUCUGUGCUAAGAGGAGCUUUCCUUGAAGUCAGCUUAGCAACUGUGCUGUAGCUUGAUUAUUUUCCCCAUUUUCUACACCCAGUAACACAGUGUCAGGAGCUCCUUCCUCAUUGUAUUUGUUGCUAUGGGGAGGAAGAGGUGAGGCAAAACACGCUUGAGAAGAGAGGAAGAAUUACAGGAUGGUCAGUGCAACAACUCCCAGCUCCUCUUGGAAAUACCUGCUUCCAGUUGUGGGAUUUCUCUAUAGGUGACUUUUUUUCUCUUGCUUUUGUAAGCCUAGGUGUUGUUUUUUUUUUGUUUUUUUUUUUGAUCUUGUUAGUUCUGUACCAGUCUCCCCGAGACAUACUGCAGUCAUUAUCACCUUUUUGGGUGGAGUUUAUUUUUUGGUUUGUUUGGUUUUUUAAAUAACUUUUUAACAUUGGUGCAUAUAUGCUUGGGAUAGAGCUCAUGUAAUUUUCCAAUCGUAUUGAUUGUAUGUGAUUGUGCCCUGCAGAGGUAUAUUUAACAAAAAAUAAAAAGGAUAGUCUAGGUAAUAAAGGAGACCAUGAGAUUUGUUGAGUCAGGUUAUGAACUAUUUCUUGAAUUUAUUUAGGAUUUUGGAUAAGUGAGAUUUCUUGUCUGCUGUUCUCAUAAGUCAAAGCUGAACAGAGCGUCAUUAUUCCCAUUUGUUGAGCUGGUUCUUUUCUGGCUUUUUUCCUCCCCCUGUUUUUCUUUCUUUCCUGCUUCGCUUUCCCAUUGAAAAAUAAUAAUUCUUAAGCUUUAUGUGGAUGGCUGACUGUUGGAGUGAUUUUGUGAAUAUGUAUUGUGUGUAACUAUCGGAACGCUUUCAAUAGGAGUAGAGAUGAAGUAGAGCAUAUGAGAAGAAUUCCAUAAAGUGAAUUCUUUGCAAGUUCAGGGGAAGCUGGAAGCCUUGUACACACACUGAGCCUGCAAGGCACUGCGAUUCCUCUCCUUGAAGCAUGAGAUGCUUUCCUGCCUUUUGGGAAAACCCAGAUGACAAAAGGAGUAGAAGAGGUCACUGUAUCUGACUGCCUUUACUCCUGCAAUAGACUUUUUAUGGUGGGAAGAACAGCCUGCCAGGUAUUGUGCUGCAGUAGGACGGAGCGGGCUGAAGGAGGCAAAAGGCAAGGGAGGUCCAGAGGUCUGAAAGGCAGUGUUUGUCUCCCUGUUUCUUCCUUAAACUACAGAGCCUACGGUGUCACUUGUGUUAAAGAGCAAGGAAGCGGAGACCUAUCGCGUGUGCAUGAUGGUGACAUAGAAAAAGCCAUAUGUUGAAAUGCUGUUUCCUUUCCUCUCUUCACUUUGCUUUUCUCCCUGUUCAGGCUGGCUCAGUCUCACCUUGCUUUCACACAGUGUCUGAGAGUCCUUUGAGUUGCAGAUCCAACAAACACUUGAACCGGUGGAAAGGUGGUGAUUCACUACUUGGUCUGUAAAUAGAUGGAAGUGUCUACAAGGUCUUAUCUGCUUUUCUGUCGGCAUUUAUAUUAAAUGAUAAAUUAAUGGA